UCCGUAUUACCCACAAUUCAGCGGAGUAAUAAUUAUUUCACGAGUAGAAGCGAAAGAAAGUGUGGUUGCUGAUGGUUAAAGGGAGCUCAAAAAUUGGUUCCAUAGCGAGCAGAUGUCAAAAGGGUGGAUAUCAGCGCCAACUACGAUCCAGAAUGACGGGGAAAGAAGUUGACGAUAACAGCACGGACGAUGGUACAUUCGUGUCCGGUGUUGUGGAAGGUUUCUAUGGCAAACCAUGGAGCACAGAUCAAAGGAAGCUGCUUUUUGCAUGGAUGAACAAGAUGGGCUUGAACACAUACAUGUAUGCCCCAAAAGAUGACUGUAAACAUAGGGCUUUCUGGAGAGAACUAUAUUCUGUUGAAGAAGCUGACCAUCUUACAAAUCUGACUGAAGCUGCUCAUCAGAACAAUGUGAAUUUUGUGUAUGCCAUCUCACCUGGCCUAGACAUCACAUUCUCCAGCACAAAAGAUAUUACAUGCCUGAAAAGGAAACUGGAACAGGUUUCAACAUUUGGUUGUAAAGCAUUUGCGAUCUUAUUUGAUGACAUUGACCCUGAAAUAAGCGAAGCAGACCGGAGUGUGUUUCCAUCCUCAGCAUUUGCUCAAGCCUCUGUUACAAAUGAAGUAUAUGAGCAUUUGGGCCAACCAAAGUUUUUAUUCUGCCCUACAGAGUACUGUGCUUCCAGAGCAAUACCAAAUGUGUUAAGUUCAGACUACCUAACAACUAUUGGUAGCAAGCUGCUCCCAGGGAUCAAUGUCAUGUGGACAGGACCUAAGGUGAUCAGCAAGAAACUCAGUAUUCAGUCACUUGAAGAAGUUGCUUCUGUCUUGAAGCGUCCACCUGUGAUAUGGGACAAUAUUCAUGCAAAUGACUAUGAUCCAAGAAGGAUAUUCCUUGGACCAUAUGAUGGUCGGUCACCUGAAAUCAUUCCAUACCUGAAGGGUGUGAUGACAAAUCCAAACACCGAAUUUGAAGCUAAUUACAUAGCGUGUCACACAUUGGCGCAGUGGUGCAAGUCCAACAUGGACGGAGUGAAAAAAGACAUCAUAUCGGGUGACAGAUUAAGUCCUGUGGCUUCUGACAUCAAGUUGGAGACAGAAAGUGAUUUCAGUUCAGAUGAGGACAUUCCAACAAGGUUUGAUACUCGGUACCAACCCAGACAGGCACUGAAGAUAGCUCUUAACGAGUGGUUGAUAGAGUUCUCAGCAGGACGCCUCCCUCCUAAGCGCCCAUCCCCACCUUUGAUGCCCAUUUCCAAUGUUGUGGUCAGCACAUGUACAGCGAUAACGCCAACAACGACAACAUUUGAAUCUGAAGACAAAACUGUUUCCUUACCAAUCCCUCCACUGAAUUCCAUGGAUUCCAACAUGGCUGAAGUAGACAAUGUCUCAUACAUGCAGCCAUCAAUGAAUCCCGUGAACAGUCUUGUUGAUGUGCCCAUAUCGGAUUCAGAAUUUGUGGCUGACAAUUCAGAACUUGAACCCAUGGAUUGUGUUCCUACAGGGAUCAGUGCAAUACCCCCUAAUGUCCAUUGUAUUCCCAAAAAUGAAUCGUCAGAAUCUCUUAUGCAGAUUGAAGUGACUGCUUUGGAAAAGUGUGAGGAAAGAAACGCUACAGGCAUUACAAAUUGUGAAGAGGUUGUGGAAACAUCUAGUGGUGUUGAAUUUAUAUCACCUGGUGAUCUAACCUUUGACAACAUUUCAUUGCUUGUGGAUUUGUUCUACACACCUUUUGAAUAUGGGUCCAGGGGUUGUGAAAUGAUGCAUGAUCUGUACUGGCUUAGGGCAAAUGCUCAUGUUAUCUCAAGUGCUAAUGGUGCAAAGAAAAUCAGAGAUCAGGUAACAAGCUGGUUUGAAGUUGCAAGGAGGUUUGAGGAUGGUGUUGGAGCUGUUUUAGAGUUGUAUGAUCGCCUUAUGGCCAUCCCCAACAAGUCCCUCUUGUCCGACAUCUUCCCGUACCUGUGGGAUCUACGGGGAGUGCUACAGACUUGUUGUGCUUACGUCAAGUGGAUGGGAGGUGGUCGAGUUCCAUACAUGGCUGUGUGUCACUUGCAAGGAUCUCUAACAUGGCUUACAAAAGGCUAUAAGGAGGUAUUCGUUAGUGGAGACCAAGAACCCUGGGUCUUCAGAGGCGGUCUGCAGGCAGAGUUCCAACGAAUGUUGCCGAUUGACACUGCUCAUGAUCUAUUCUUCAUGACUGCCCCUGACAGUUUUGUCAAGAAACAAUAUGUCUAUAGACCUUACCAUCCUCGUGAUAAGGAUCAAGUGUACCAAGUGUGUCUGAAGACUUGUGACGACGGCAUGGAUGGCACCGAUGUCUUCCCAGACAAUCCGCAACUCAUGGGAGACAGGUUGCUCGGAGGCCUAGUCACCAAUUGCCCUGAAUACUGCUUUGUUGUGGAGGAUGAAGAAGGAAUCUGUGGCUAUGCCCUGUGUGCCCUAGACAGCAAGCAGCUCCACCAGAAGACCAAGAUUGACUGGAUACCCUCCAUGUGCCAGAAGUACCCCAAACCUGACAAGGAUGAACUUUCACCAGCAGAUGAACUGAUCUUAAGCUUUCACAAUGAGCAGCAGAUGAUUCCGGAAGUUCUAUACAAACGGUACCCAUCAUUACUGCGUGUUGAUGUCCUGCCCAACAGAAUUGAGGACCCUGCAGUACCUAAAAGACUUCUGGCCUGUGCCCUUUGUGCUGUGAAAACCAGUGGUUCCAUCGGUGUACACUGUGAACUAACAGUAGGAGAUAAAUACAUGAUGGAUUGCUACGCAAAACUGGGUUUUGUACCAAUAACAGGACCAGACUGUUUGUCCGACGAUGCUAUCUUUCUUGGACGGAUUAUCUAAACUGUGAUACUCUUAUGGCAUCAAGGCAGGGUAUUGCCUUCAAUGGACAACUAAUGGCUGACUGCCUUGCAUUUGGCAUUCUGUUCGACAUAGCACCUUUUCUGAAAGGAACUUCAGCCAGUACCACCAAUUACCAUAAAAAGGGUAGUGAUUGGUCUUAUGCUUCGAAGCUGGGCUUCAAAGUGUUUUAUCAUGUGCAAAUUGUGU